UCUCGAUUGCGCGCUCUCGCCCGCCGCGGCUGCUUUCUGCUGGAGAAGCGCGCGCGGACCGCGCAACAGCGACUCUCCAUCUCCCGGUCCGGACCCCCAAUGACGCGCGCCGGCGCCCCCGCGCCGGGCGGAUGACAGCACGGCCAUGGCGCGCCACGGCGCUCGCGCUCCCGCUCACGCGCGGCCCGCGCUCGGACCCGGACUCCUGCUCCUGUCGCUCGCGCACCUCUGCGCAGGCCUCAAAUGCGUGUGCCAGCUGUGUGCCAACAACACGUGCGAGACCGGAGUGGACGGCGCCUGCUGGAACUCGGUGACGCUCAUCGACGGGAGGGAGGAGGCCGUCAAGUCCUGCCUGUCCCCCUCGCAGAUGAAGGGCCAGGUGUUCUGCUACGGCUCCCGCAACGUCUCCAAAAGGAGCUGCUGCUUCACCGACUUCUGCAACAACGAGACGCUGCGCCUGCAGCCAGAGCGACCGGCGGUCGAACCUGGCUGGGGCAGCCUGGAGGUGGCAGCUGUGGUCCUGGUGCCCUCCUGUUUGCUGUGUGCCGUCGUCCUCCUGGCCGUGUGCACGGCGCAGGGGCAGCGCUGCCGCUUGGCCCGACUCCACAGGCCUGACCCAGAGGAGCCCCCGGAUGACCGGAACCUCAUGUCCCCUGACAAGAGUCUCCAGGAGCUGAUCUGCGACUUGAGCGCAUCUGGGUCCGGAUCUGGGCUCCCCCUGCUGGUCCAGAGGACCAUUGCCAGGAGCAUCGUCCUGCAGGAGGUCAUCGGGAAGGGCCGCUAUGGCGAGGUGUGGCGGGGCAAGUGGCGCGGUGAGGACGUGGCCGUCAAGAUCUUCUCCUCUCGAGACGAGCGCUCCUGGUUCCGCGAGGCCGAGAUCUAUCAGACCAUCAUGCUGAGGCACGAGAACAUCCUGGGCUUCAUCGCCGCCGACAACAAGGAUAAUGGGGUGUGGACCCAGCUGUGGCUGGUGUCCGAGUACCACGAGCACGGCUCCCUGUUCGACUACCUGAACAGGUACACCGUCUCGGUGGAAGCGAUGCUGGUCCUGGCGCUCUCUGUGGCCAGCGGUCUGGCCCACCUCCACAUGGAGAUCAUCGGCACUCAGGGUAAACCUGCCAUCGCGCACAGAGACCUGAAGUCCAAAAACAUCCUGGUGAAGAAAAGUGGAAUGGCCGUCAUCGCCGAUCUGGGCUUGGCCGUGAAGCACGACUCUGUCACUAACAUCAUGGACAUUCCGGCCAAUCACAGAGUGGGAACUAAGAGGUACAUGGCCCCAGAGAUCCUGGAUGACACAAUGAACACGAGCAACUUUGAGUCAUUCAAGCGGGCGGAUAUCUACGCGCUGGGGCUGGUGUUCUGGGAGCUGGCCCGGAGGUGUCCCGUUGGAGGGAGCUAUGAAGAUUACCAGUUGCCUUACUACGACAUGGUGCCCUCAGAUCCAUCGGUGGAGGACAUGAGGAAGGUGGUGUGUGACCAGAAGUUUAGACCCAGCAUUCCUAAUCAGUGGCAAAGCUGUGAGGCACUGCGGGUCAUGGGCAAGAUCAUGCGGGAGUGCUGGUAUGGCAACGCUGCCGCUAGACUCACGGCCCUGCGUGUCAAGAAGACCAUCUCGCAGGUGGCUGUGGUCAAGGACAUCCCAGAUUAGCCAGGCCCUUGGUCAGUGGGAACACAUAUGGCCUGGUCUGUCACUGGCUGCCAAAGGCUCUCAGUGGACACUUCCUGAUAUUUCAUGGUUGUGCCCCUCCGGUCAUGUACAUCUCUUCGGAUGCCAAACUCUCGCUCCCCUGGGCCAUGACGGAUGGUUCAUUUGUACGGAUUCCAUGCUACCUCAGACAAAAUUAAGUGCCCGAAACUUGAAGCUGUUCUACUGAUGUGUUUGCCAUUCGCGUGACGCCCGGCGGAAUGUGUUUUGACUGCAAGCGUGCACCAUCUUGCCUGAGAACAGGACAUAUGCGUGAUCUGUUCCUCCACAUGGUCAUCUCCACGAGACUCCGUUCCACCAUCGUGAAGAAGGACAUCUGCUCCAUUUUUUGUCCAUUUACAUGGGAUCGGUCACUGUAUUAUAUGACCUUGCGGAAGGUACAGGCAUCCCUCAGUUUAUGGAAUCAAUCAGUUCCUGAAAACACUGUGGGACAACAAUGGGGAAAAAUAAUAAUUUGUUGCCAGCAUCUUCCAGAAAUGACUAGAACGCUGUGAAACAUCUAUAUAACUGUGAACCACUGAUUUCAGUGCAACAUAAAACACACAUUUACACACUUACAGCCCCAGGGUAAUUCCCACUUUCCUUUAUAAUCAGUCAGUUCUCUGCAGGAUGAGGAAUAAACCAGGGAGGGAUCCACUGAACAUGUACCGUUUAUUGGGAACAACUUUCUUAAACUGCCCACUGCUGCUGAAAUGCUCCUACAUACCUGAAAAAUCGUCAGCUAAACUUUUCCUGCCAAUUGCGCUGCUAUCUCUGCGAUCGAUUGAUUAAAUAACACUCCCAACUAUAGCCUGCAGACGCUCGUGUGGAAUUUCAUACGCUUCCUAUAAUGCCCCACUCUCCCGGAGCAGCAGUCACAACAGACGAAGAGCUCUGGAUACAGACACGCACCAUAGUACGUUACUGCGCAAACAGUUUUUGCUUAAAUUCUGUGAUAGUGAUUUUAUUGUGUUUCGUAAACUGAAAAUUGGGUAUCAAAAGCCAAGAAAUUUUCGAUAAAGAGCUCAAAUCCAGGGACGCCUAUAAUUCUACAGAUUCUCUCGUACAAGUAUCUCACUCUUUAUCUUUGCGUUUUCUAGUAGAUACCAUACAGAAGUGUGGUUUGGAAAAUGUUACAGCAAAGCAAUUUAAAAUACAGGCUUCCCUAACAUAACACCUUAAUUAAUUUCUGAAAACCUCUCGAAAGGAGAAUCUUUGUUAAAACAAACCUAUUACUACUAAUUUAUAUGGUAAAUCUAAAGCAUUCCCAAGUCACAAAUGGUUCACCAAUCCCAACCACACAAAAUUCCUGUUUUAUGUUUUAAACACUGAGAAAAAAUCAUUCAAAACCAAGCCCAGAGUAUCACAUCUAGUCUGGAAAACCUUUAAUUUCAGGCUUAAGAUCAGCAUGCUGAAAAUUAUUAACAGACAACACAUUUGCAUCCUUUUCUAUCCCCCCUCCCCUC